CUUAAUCACAUCUUUAAUUUUCCACUUUACGUCUAUAUCAUAGAGAAAGAAAGAAAGAGAGGAACUCAAUCAAUAUUUCCAUCAUCUUUAGAAAUUCAAAUUUAAAUCACAAAUCAAAUCUUUUUCAUCCUUCUUUUAAUUUUUGCUCCAUUUUCAAGCUUCGUAACUAAGUUUUCUCUUAUUUAAUCCAAGCAUCAUAAUUAAUUUUAGCGAAAACCUUCCUAAAGAAUGGCUGAUCAAGAAGUAAUUACAAAUGGAUUUCUACUAACACCCGUUAUUGGAUCAACUAAUGAUCCUAUUGCUCCUAAGAAGAAGAGAAACUUACCAGGAAAUCCAGAUCCAGAAGCAGAAGUAAUAGCUUUAUCACCAAAAACCCUAAUGGCAACCAACAGAUUCUUAUGUGAAAUAUGUGGGAAAGGGUUUCAAAGGGAUCAAAAUCUACAACUUCAUCGUCGAGGUCAUAACUUACCAUGGAAGCUCAAGCAAAGGACUAGCAAAGAGCCAAGGAAACGCGUCUAUGUUUGCCCCGAAAAGACUUGUGUUCACCAUCAUCCCUCUCGAGCACUUGGUGACCUUACCGGCAUUAAGAAGCAUUUUUGUAGGAAGCAUGGUGAGAAAAAAUGGAAGUGUGAGAAGUGUAAUAAGAAGUAUGCUGUUCAGUCUGAUUGUAAGGCUCAUUCCAAAACUUGUGGAACUAGGGAAUACAAGUGUGAUUGUGGGACUAUUUUCUCAAGGAGGGAUAGCUUCAUUACGCAUAGGGCCUUUUGUGACGCCUUAGCAGAAGAAACAGCAAGAAUGAACGCAGCAAGCACCCAUUUCAACCUUAAUGCCGCGGUAGCAACAAACAAUAACCUCAACUACCAUCAUAUGAUGGGCUCUAAUAUCGGACCUGCAGUCGCCAUGGCACAACAUUUUUCUUCCAUUUUUAGGCCUCUUUCAUCAUCAACUAAAGAUGAAAUCGCGCUUGAUCAACAUCAAAAGCAAAGGGGUGGAGUAUUUCCCUUGUGGUUAGGUAACCAAUUGGCUCAACCUGGUGGAGGGUAUGAUUCAAUUCAAAACUCUACUAAUAAUAUACCCAUACAAGCCCAUAAUUUACAACACCUUAGCUCCACUAUCAACUCCUUAAAUCCCCAUAAUACCCCUCUAGGGGUCUUGGGUUCGAAUUCUCACCAACCUGAAGAUAAUAAUUACCAUCAAUUAAAUUGGGUAUUUGGAAGUAAAAUAUCUAAUAACAAUAAUAAUAAUCCACAAAAUAACAAAAAUAAUGAUGAAGAUUUAGGUGUAUUAACCAAUGAAAUUACUUCAACUACAACUAAUACUACUACAUCAGUUCCUUCAUUAUAUAGCACUCAUCAUCAAACAUCCCCAAACAAUUCUUCCCACAUUAUGUCAGCCACAGCAUUACUACAAAAAGCUGCUCAAAUAGGCUCUACUUCUUCUACCAAUACAAAUGAUGCAUUUUUCCAUGGAAACUUUGGCUUAGUGAAGGAAAAUACUAAUGAAAUAGAUCACGACAACUUCAACCGGAGAGGUUCGGUUUUUGGUAUUUCUAACUCAACCACCACCAAUGCUGGGAGCGAUGUCGAGGGUUCGGUCGAUGAUCUCUCUACCAUGACAACCAUAUACACUCCUAACCCCGCCAAGCGUCAGAAGUUGAUCAAUGAUCAUGUAGACAGUCAUACCCAAAGAGGUGUUGGUGUAGGAAGUGGAGGGCAAACUAGGGAUUUCUUAGGUGUCGGUUCGCAACCGGCGGCCGUAUGCCAGCAGCCGCCUUCCAUCAACGGCUGGUUUAAAGCUUGAGAAGACAAAGGAUGAUGAAGAUAAUGGUUGAAGGGUUAGUUGUAUCCUAAAGGAGUUUCUUUAGGGUGAAGGAAAGAGGUGUUUUGUUAAGUUAAAAGAUUUAACUAGUUUAUGGGUUGCCUAAAAAGUUUGAUGAUAAUUUGCUGGAAAAUUUUAGCUUAAAGGAAGAUCCAUGCAUAUUCUCUUGAACCCUCAAAGCUGCACCUAUUAAGAAAAUGGAUGCUUUUUUUUUAUUUUUAUUUUUUAAUAUAUAAUUUAUUUUUAUUAGGAUAAUAAUGGUUUAGUGGUGGGGAAAAAGCAAAUUAUUCUUCCUUUACAUCACUAUUAUUAUAAGAAAUGUUUCAAUACUCUCAACCUA